AUGGGGUUUGAGUUGGCUUUCUUUCAGGCAAUAGAUGAGAGCAGCCUUGUGUCGGCCUCACUUAUAUGCGUCAUCUCGGAACUACUCGGCGCAACGUUUGUCAGUGUUUGCCUUGGCAUCCUGCUGCGGUUUGUGUUUCCCUGGUGGGAGGCACAAGUAAGAGUGCCGUUACGAAAAUGGCCAUUGCAUGAGGGUGUUUCUCACAUGAGUGGUGCGCCUAAAAAGAAACUCUGCGCUGCCGUUGUGAAUGAUGUUUCACCACCGUGCCCGGUGCAAUCGCCGCGUCGGAUAUCGUUGUAUGCCACCGAGAUUGUAGCGCCGUUGAACGAACCCACAUGUUCCGCCAAGGGGGGCGUGAAGGCAAAGGCACCUUCGAAUGAAGGCAUCUCACUUGAUGAUUUUAUUGAGAAGUUCUUUUCGGAGGCGGAGCUGCUCGACGACGCCCUCUUAAGCGCGGCAUUGAGCGAUGCAAAAACCGCCACAGGCGGAAGAAGUGACCGUCGAUGA